AUGAAUAUGUGGUUUAGUUUGCCAUGUACUCAAGACCUAGGUUCUGCGAACAAGUUGAAAUCAUCGCAGAAGGAUAAAGUUCGUCAGUUUAUGAUCUUCACACAAUCUAGUGAAAAAACAGCAGUAAGUUGUCUGUCUCAAAAUGACUGGAAGUUAGAUGUUGCAACAGACAAUUUUUUUCAAAAUCCUGAGCUUUAUAUACGAGAGAGUGUAAAAGGAUCAUUGGACAGGAAGAAGUUAGAACAACUAUACAGUAGAUAUAAAGAUCCUCAAGAUGAAAAUAAAAUUGGAAUAGAUGGUAUACAGCAGUUCUGUGAUGACCUGGCCCUCGAUCCAGCCAGCAUCAGUGUGUUAAUCAUCGCGUGGAAGUUCAGAGCAGCAACACAGUGCGAGUUCUCCAAACAGGAAUUCAUGGAUGGCAUGACAGAAUUAGGAUGUGACAGCAUAGAAAAACUAAAGGCCCAGAUACCCAAGAUGGAGCAAGAAUUGAAAGAACCGGGACGAUUUAAGGAUUUCUACCAGUUUACUUUUAAUUUUGCGAAGAAUCCAGGACAAAAAGGUUUAGAUCUAGAAAUGGCCAUUGCCUACUGGAAUUUAGUGCUUAAUGGAAGAUUUAAAUUCUUAGACUUAUGGAAUAAAUUUUUGUUGGAACAUCAUAAACGAUCAAUACCAAAAGAUACUUGGAAUCUUCUUUUAGACUUCAGUACAAUGAUUGCAGAUGACAUGUCUAAUUAUGAUGAAGAAGGAGCAUGGCCUGUUCUUAUUGAUGACUUUGUGGAAUUUGCACGCCCUCAAAUUGCUGGGACAAAAAGUACAACAGUGUAG